UGAAGAUCAACAUAUCUCAAUUUAUGUUUUUUUUGAUAUCCUUUAAUUGGACUAAUGCCUAUAUAAACAAACAAUUAUCUCAUACAUUUGCAAAUAAAUUUUUUGUCAAAUUUUCUUCCUCUCCUUUUACUUCAUCCCCUGAACAUGUUGAAGCUCAACACUCCACUUUUCAUAAAGAAUUAAAAAAACGAGGAAUCGAAGUUAAAAUUGGACAUACAUUUAAACGAUAUGCUAACGGAAUUGCCAUUGAAACUGAUGAGAGACACGUGAAGAGAAUUGCUGAAAUUGAACAUGUUGAAAGCGUUGAGCCUGUGAGAUAUUAUAAACGGUUUAAACCGGAUGAACAGUUUAAGAUUAAAUCAAUUAAACGUGACAAUUCUAAAAUGAUUCAAAUCGCACCUAAUAAUGAUAUUAAUACUAUUCACGAAAUUACCGGUGUGAAAAAUGCUUACGAAAAGUUAGGACUUACCGGGAAAGGUGUUAAAGUUGGAAUUAUUGAUUCAGGUAUCGACUAUAGACAUCCUGCUUUAGGAGGAUGUCUUGGACCAGGGUGUAGAAUAGCAUACGGGUAUAACUUUCUUAAUGAAAAUAAUGAUCCAUUUGAUGAUUGCAAUGGACAUGGGACUCAUGUAGCAGGAAUAAUUGGAGGUUAUGAUAUCAAGACCGGAUUUAGAGGUGUAGCACCAAACGUUAUUUUUGGAGCAUACAAAAUUCUUGCUUGUGAAAAUAAUGAUUCUGCUGAUGCUUAUAAUGAGGCAAAUAACAGUUAUGGCCAUGAUGAAAUUUUAUUGAUGAGAUCGAUUGAGAGAGCUAUUGAUGAUGGCAUGUUAAUUAUAAAUAUAUCUGCUGGUGGCCCUGGAAAUGCUAGAACGCCAUCAUCACUUAUGAUUAAUGAUGUGGCUAAACACAAGGGGAUAAUAUUUAUGAUAGCAUUAGGGAAUGAUGGAUUAGAUGGUGUAUCAACAAGUCUUGAACCUGGAGUUGCGAACAAUGCUAUUGGUGUUGGUUCAUUUGAAGCAAAUAAGUUUUUAAAUUUUAAAGCUUUUGAUACAAAGAAUCCAGAUUUUGUUCUUUAUUAUAUGAAAAUGAAUGCAGCGGCAUUUCCUUACACAAAAGUUAAAGUUAAAAUUUUCAAAUGUAUAAAUGAUUACAAAGAAUUUAAUAAUACAAUACUUAUCAUUGAUAAUAGAGAUUCAAAAGUUAUAGAAUGUUCAUCAGAAAAUAAAGUUAAUAAUAUAAACUUACAGGGAAUAAUAGUAAUUAACGCAAAAGAUGAUGAAGGACUUACACUUUCUCCAGCGGUUCCAGAAUAUGAAAAAUUGGGAGCUAUAUUAACUUCAAAACAAGGUGAUACUUUGAUCAAAUAUCUCGAUGAACAUCCAAAUUUAGAAUUAGAUUUUUCUGAUAAGUAUGGAUACAUGAUAGAGCAUCCUUUUGCUGUAACCCCUUCUAUAUUCUCAGGUUGGGGUUUAUCUGAUGAAUUUGAUAUCAAACCUGAUAUUUGUGCACCUGGAGGAUUUAUUCUUUCAGUUUAUCCAAUUAACAUAUCACCUUAUCAGGUUUUGUCUGGAACUAGCAUGUCUGCACCGUAUAUGUCUGGUAUAGCAGCAUUAUAUUUGGAAACAUUUGGAAAACAAAAUUCUUUUGAACAAAUAAGGGCUGCGCUUAUGAACUACGCCAUUCCUCAUAAAGAUCGAAAUAAAUUAUUGUCUCCAGUACUUCAUCAAGGUGCAGGAUUAGUCAACAUUUAUGACACAUUAAGAGCCACUAGCUUUGUCUAUCCACCAAAAAUUAAUUUGAAUGAUACGAUUCAUUUUAACGGAAAUCAUACAUUAUAUAUUUAUAAUGUUGGAAGAAAAGAGAUGGAAUAUAAAUUAUCACAUUUACCAGCUCCAAAUGUUAAUGGAUAUAACACGACCCUCUCUAGAAGUUAUUUUCAGUUGGAAUAUCUCACAAAUAAUUAUGCCGAUGUUAAAUUUGAAAAGGAUUUAAUUACAGUAGCACCUGGAGCUAAUGUUAAAGUUUCUGUAAAUUUCACCGCACCAAAAAAUUUAUCUAGGGAUAAACAUUGGUUUUAUAGUGGAUGGUUGAAAGUAACUCCAUUAGAUAAUAAAAUGCCCGUGAUGAGUGUUCCUUAUGCCGGAUUGGCUGAUGAUGCAAGAAGACUUCCAUUAUUUCAAACACCAAAAUUCCCUAAACUAGUUGAAGAUACUACUACAGACAAUAGCAACAUUGGCGAGAUUAUAACGUUUACUUUUAAAAAUAAAACAGGAAAUAAGCUUGAUAUACCGUCUAUAAAUUUAAGAUUGGCAACUCCAACUCACGGAAUCUUUAUUGAAAUUCUGGAUUAUAAUUAUAAAUUUUUAGGUGUAGUUAAAAUUUAUUAUGGCUUUCCUGCUCCAAGAGUUACAGAUCUCACAGUUGAUUGGGAUGGUUUAAUUUAUAAUCCUAAUGAUAAAAAUGAUCCAGGUGUAAUUGCACCUGACGGGGAAUAUUUCCUCAAAAUUAAAGCGUUAAAAUUAUUUGGUGAUAUUAAUAAUGAAAAUGAUUAUGAAGUUUGGUUAAGUCCUAAAUUUAUAGUUAAAAGAAGUACAUGAACCAUUGAACCGUUGAAUUAUUGAACUACUGAACUAUUGAAUUACUUUAAUUUAUUUUCUUACUUAGGUUUUAUUGUACAAAAAUUUAAAAUUUAUUUUGCAAUGCUUUUUAUUAGAACAAGUUAAUGUAAUUUUAGUACAUAUUAACAUCAUAAAUUGUAUUUACUUAAAGUCUACUUUGCGUUUUAAUCAUUACCAAACAAUAUCUAAUAAUAAUCCUUCCAUGAAGUGAUACGUAAAGUAAUAUUGCUUACAUCAAAUGAUUUUAAAAAUUUUAAAAAUUUUUAGAUAUGAAAUUUUUUCUUUUGUUAUUUAGACUAAUAUACAACAAAAAUUAUAAUUUGUUCAUCCGUAUUAAAC